UAUCACGUCGUCAUCAAUCAUUAGGCAUGUCAUGAGUUAUUGAAAUUGUGUUAUCAGAUAAAGUGCAACGUGAAUUGUCCCAGAAGUUAAAAUUUUAAUAUCUUGUCAGAAAAUUUAAUUUCUCUAUCCGGAACCAAGUGUUUUUAUUCGUUAAAUCUCAGAUUGCAGGUCAAAAUAUCGGUGUUUGUCUCACGCGUCACACGAAUUCCAAGCGCAGUUUCGUAAGGAUAUGUAAAAAUAAACAUUUUAUAACGGCUCGAAGGCUUCGUGAGAUAUUGUUACAUUUUCCGCAACAAAAAGUUCAACGAUUCAAGAUGAAAAGCACGUGGAGAGAUAGAGAUAAGGACUUUACUAAAUUUUUGGUUGGUGGCGAAACAACCAAACGACAUUUAGUCGAAGCCCUUUUCACUACAAAAACAAGGCAGUACACACCCUUACCUGGUUUCGAUGUUGACAUGGAUGAAAAGGAAUAUUAUCAGCUACAGCAAAUCAUCAACUGCGACGAAGUUUACCCUAACAUUUUGAUCGGAGAUGGGGAGACUGCGAAGAAUAAACCCUACCUGAUAGAUAGAUUGGGAGUUACACACCUGUUGAAUUGCGCCGAAGGAAAAAAGUUUGGAUUUUGCAGAACAGACCGAGAAUUCUACAAAGACACACCGCUAAAAUAUCUCGGCCUUCCUGUUUUGGAUGUGCCACAUUCAGACAUAAGCCAGUAUUUUUUUCCCGCAGCGAAUUUCAUCGAUGAUGCUAUAACUUCUGGAGGAAAAGCAUACGUGCAUUGUCUAAUGGGAGUUUCUCGAAGUGCGACCUGUGUUCUCGCCUAUCUCAUGAUCAAAAAAAACAUGCUGGCUGUCGACGCCUUAAAAACGGUUCGUGAACAUCGAGACAUUCAUCCAAACGAAGGUUUUCUUGAGCAAUUAGCAACUCUCGAUAAUCAGCUGCGCCGAUCAAGGCUUUAAAUUUUACAUAUUACAGCUUGAAAAUCAAAAAGUGUUAAUUCAAUAUUAGAAAAAUGUAAUAUACUAAUCUGAAAAAGCGAAAAUUGCAGAAUUUAAUUUGUAGAGAGACUGCUGGCAGUCUUAUAUAUUUUUUAUUACACUUAUUUUCUAACUGUGCGAAGAGGAAACUUCACUCUGUGAAUCAAACGUAGAAUAUUGUGCAUUUUUUAUUGUGAUGGUAGAUAAUCUAUUUUUCUAAUUGUAAGGCUUUGUCAUACGGUACUAGAAAUUAAUCUAUAUUGAUUCUCGUCAUAU